AUGGCUGAAGAAGAAGACUUUAGCUCCCUUCCUCUCCAGGAUAGGUUUACUCACAAGGUUUGGAAAGUAAGAAAACAAGCCUACGAAGACGCCGCAAAGGCUUUCGCUGCCACUGCCGACGAGUACGACAAUGCCUUCAGACCCUUCCUCUCCGACUCGGGCCUUUGGAAAGGUGCCGUCGCCGAUUCCAACGUUGCUGCCCAACAGGAUGGUCUGGCGGCGUACUGCGCGUUUCUCAAAUUUGGAGGAAAGGAACACUGCACAAGGACGCGCGGAACUACGAUAGGGCCUAUUUGUGAAAAGGGUUUGCCGUCAACGCGUGCCGCCGCCAAGGAGUCAUCUCUCGAAGCCCUUCUACUACUCGUCGAACUCGAUGUUGCCGCCCCAGUCAUCGAAGAGAUUAUCCCGGCGCUUGCGAACAAGCAACCCAAGGUUGUCGCCGCGGCUAUUACUGCCUUGACCGCAAUCUACCACAACUUCGGAUGCAAGACCGUCGACCCCAAGCCCGUGUUGAAGGUCCUCCCCAAGGCAUUUGGUCAUGCCGACAAGAAUGUCCGUGCUGCCGCGACGAACCUUGCCGUCGAAUUCUACCGAUGGCUGCGCGAAGCCAUGAAGCCCAUGUUCUGGGGCGACUUGAAACCCACUCAGCAGACCGACCUCGAGGCGCAAUUCGAGAAGAUCAAGGCCGAACCUGCCCCGAAGCAAGAAAGAUUCUUGCGCUCACAACAAGCCGCCAUGGCACGUGCGCCUCCCCCCGGAGCCGACGACGAGUACGAUGAUGGCGGAGACUAUGGCGAGGAACCAGCCGAGAUGGACGCCUUUGACCUGGCGGAACCCCAGGAUGUCUUUGGCAAGAUCCCCGCCAACUUCAACGAAGCCUUGGCCUCGUCCAAAUGGAAGGAGAGAAAGGAAGCAGUGGAAGGUCUCUACGCGGCAAUCAACGUGCCAAGAAUCAAGGAUGGUGACUUCAACGAGAUCAACCGAGGGCUGGCAAAAUGCAUGAAGGACGCCAACGUUGCUGUUGUGACUCAAGCCGCGCAAUGUAUCGAGGUCUUGGCCAAGGGAUUGAGGCAAGCCUACGCGAAACACCGCACUACUGUCAUGCAACCCAUCAUGGAACGCUUGAAGGAGAAGAAGGCGACGGUGGCGGAUGCUCUCGGCGCCGCGCUUGACCAAGUCUUCCUGGCGACAAGUCUGACUGACUGUCUCGAGGACAUCAACACCUACCUCGUCCACAAGAACCCCCAGAUCAAAGAAGGCACCAUGAAGUUCUUGAUUCGUUGCCUGAGAACGACACGCGAUGUGCCGAGCAAGCCAGAGAUCGCGUCCAUCGUCGAGGCGGGCAAGAAGCUAUUGACCGAGUCCAGCGAGGGCCUCCGUUCAGGCGGUGCUGAGAUUUUGGGCACUGUCAUGAAGAUUAUUGGCGAGCGCGGUAUGGGCCCGCACAUGGAAGGCCUAGACGAUAUCCGCAAGACGAAGAUCAAGGAGUUCUUCGAGACGGCUGAGGUCAAGGCAAAGGAGAAGCCGAAGCCUCCCCCGCCAGCUGCCAAGGCACCACCUCCGAAGAAGGUCGUUGGAGGGAAGAAGCCCCUGGGAAUGAAGAGACCGGCUAUGCCGGCCGCAAGCGCCCCGCCGCCCGCCGAUCCGGAACCCCUCUCCCCACAAGCUUCAUCUCGUCCCAAACCCGCCGGCACCAAGAUGGGCAUGCCAAAGCCGUCGGGCUUGGCUGGCCUCAAAUCGAAGCGCCCUCUCGGCGCACCAGCGGCCGGAUCCCCUCGACGCCCUGCUGCCGCACCAAUCAUGCCUGACGAUGAUGAGCCUGCCCCUCCUCCACCUCAGCCUCGCAUUGGUCUCGGCAGAGGUGGUCUUGCGGGACGAUCUCUUGCGAAACCUGUUGCUGCUCCUAUUCAGAUGCCCCCUGCGUCGCCACCGCCGUCCAGUGGACUCACAGCAAUGGAGCGGGCUGAGCUCGAAGAACUCAGAUCGGCAAACGAGCGCCUGACACGCCAAGUGGAGGAAAUGAGGCAUGAAAGGAGCAAGUACAUGUCUGAGAUUCAAGAGUUGAAGAACCAAAACGCCGGUCUGAUCGAAGACCAUACCCGCGAUGUCCUCAGCAUCAAGGCCAAGGAGACGCAGUUGGUUCGCGCGAGAAGUGAUGCAGAGGCCACGGAGUCAACGAACGAUCGCCUCAGACGAGAGCUGGACCGCCUUAAGAGAGCGCUCAACCACGCUGAGGCGCUGAACUCAAGGACAGGCAUGGGCAGUCCCGGUCUUGCUUCGCCUACACAUGACGACGCUGGUAUUUACCGCGACGCGUCCUACGGUUCAUCUUCAGCUCGACACAACCGUGUUAGUUACGCCAGCAACAUGUCCGAGGAGAAGGAAAACGGAGAUCACCACUAUCCUCGCUCAAAGGCACUCAGUCCCGAACUUAGGUAUACGGGUAGUGCAUCAUCCGGACGCGGCAGCCCUGCUAGAGGCUACAGAAGCUCUGCGGCCACCCCCGUUGAUGAUAUACCGGCACCCUCAUACUCGUCUGGCGGCGGCGGUGGAGGCGGUGGCACGAACUCGAACAACAACGGUGUGGAAAGCUGGAAGCGUGCAGCUGAAGUGACUAGCCAACUGAAAGCCAGGAUUGAACAAAUGAAGGAUUUGCCCGUCCUUGAGCUCGACCACUGA